UUUCCGCGUGUGUCACACAGGCGUCUCCUCACCUGAAGGACUGUGAGCCACGAAGGGCCCCUCAGAGGUCCCCCCGCGACCUGGCCGUGCGGACGGGAACCAGGAGUGCUCUGGGGUGUCCCCACCUCCACCGCCCACGUGCCCACCCUGGGUCUGAGCAGCCUGGUCCGCCCCCAGCCUUCAUGCCAGCAGCUUCCGGAAGGCGGUACUGCCGUGUCCUGGGCGUUGUGGGGUCUUCCUGAGCUAACUGACACCACCUCCCUCUGUAGCAGGUGCACCCGGCCUUCCGGUGGGCGCGGACAUGGCGGCGCUCAGGCAGCUGGCACUCCUGCUCUGGAAGAACUACACGGUGCAGAAGCGCAGAGUGCUGGUCACCGUCCUGGAGCUCUUCCUGCCCCUGCUGUUCUCUGGGAUCCUGAUCUGGCUCCGCUUGAAGAUCCAGUCGGAAAACGUGCCCAACGCCACCAUCUACGCUGGCCAGUCCAUCCGGGAGCUGCCCCUGUUCUUCAGCUUCCCCCCUCCCGGCGACGCCUGGGAACUGGCCUACAUCCCGUCCCACAGCGACGCCGUGAAGACCAUCACAGAGACGGCGCGGAGGACGUUGGUCAUCAACAUGAGAGCUCGGGGCUUCCGCUCGGAGAAGGACUUUGAGGACUACGUCAGGUACGACAACCGCUCCUCCAACGUGCUGGCCGCCAUAGUGUUCGAGCACACCUUCAACCACAGCAGGGAGCCCCUGCCGCUGGCGGUGAGAUACCACUUACGGUUCAGUUACACACGAAGAAAUUACAUGUGGACCCGAACAGGCUCCUUUUUCCUGAAAGAGACCGAAGGAUGGCACACCACUUCCCUUUUCCCACUGUUCCCAAACCCAGGACCAAGGGAACCCGCGUCCCCCGAUGGCGGAGAACCUGGGUACAUCCGAGAAGGCUUCCUGGCCGUGCAGCACGCGGUGGACCGGGCCAUCAUGCAGUACCACGCAAACGCCUCCACGCACCAGCUGUUUGAGAAGCUCACCGUCAUCGCCAAGAGGUUCCCUUACCCGCCUUUCAUCUCGGACCCGUUCCUCGUCGCCAUGCAAUAUCAGCUCCCCCUGCUGCUUGUGCUGAGUCUCACCUACAGCUCCCUCACCGUCAUCCGGGCCGUCGUGCAGGAGAAGGAGAGGAGGCUGAAGGAGUACAUGCGCAUGAUGGGGCUCAGCAGCUGGCUGCACUGGAGCGCCUGGUUCCUCCUCUUCUUCCUCUUCCUUUUCGUGGCCGUGUCCUUCGUGACCCUGCUCUUCUGCAUCAAGGUAAGGAAGGGCGUGGCGGUGCUCGCUCACAGCGACCCCUCGCUGGUGCUGGUUUUCCUGCUGUGCUUUGCCGCCGCCUCCGUCUCCUUCAGCUUCAUGGUCAGCGCCUUCUUCAGCAGAGCCAACAUGGCAGCAGCCAUAGGGGGCUUCCUGUACUUCUUCACGUACACCCCCUACUUCUUCGUUGCCCCCCGAUACAACUGGAUGACCCUCAGCCAGAAGCUCCUGUCCUGCCUCCUGUCCAAUGUCGCCAUGGCGAUGGGGGCCCAGCUCAUGGGGAAAUUUGAAGCGAAAGGCGUGGGUGUCCAGUGGCGAAACCUCCUGAGUCCCGUCAACGUGGACGAUGACUUCUCCUUUGGGCAAGUGCUGGGCAUGCUACUGCUGGACUCCGUGCUCUAUGGCCUGGUGACCUGGUACGUGGAGGCCGUGUUCCCGGGGCAGUUCGGCGUGCCCCAGCCCUGGUACUUCUUCGUCACGGUGAGUGCUGGCGGCCCUCUUCCGCACGGGGGCAGGGGUGUCCCCCGCACACGCCCCGGGCCCCUCCGGUCCCUGGCGCUCAACGCCUCGUCAGGCAUGUCCCGCGUGCAGUCAGGGAGCCGUGUGUCCCAAAGCCCUGAGACCCCCUACUGGCCAAGAUGAGCCCUGCAGUCCAGGAUCUGGAAAGGGCUCGCCCUGGCCCUGCAGCGCGGGACCAGCACACGCCCACCCCCGGCCUCACGUCAAACAAAUAUCCCACUGGUUCCUCCGCCUACAAAGUAACACAGCCUCCAGCCUCUUGGAAAAAUGAUCGCGUUGCUGGGAUUCCCGGCACAGUCCCACCGCCCAGAGACGCGCCGUGCUGACCCCUUGGUGUGCAAUGGUUCAGACUGUUCUGAGCACGUACCCUCCGGCAGCCUGAGUCUGUGUGUGCGUGACAUACGCGCACUUGCUUUUAUGAAAAGGGGAUCGUGUUAUCCAAGUCUCGAAACUUGUUUGGGGUAGUUUUUUUGUUCAUUUAAGUUUAUUUUACUUUGAGAGAGAGACUGUGUGUGUAUGUGUGGGAGGGGCAGAGAGAGAGAGAGAAAGAGAGAGAGAAUCCCAAGCAGGCUCUGCACUGUCAGCUCAG